AUGUCGACAUCCGAAUCUUACAUUGAAGAAUCUUCAUCAGCUUCUGAAGUUGAAGAAAUAUCAGAUUAUGAACUUGAAGUAGAGGAGUUUGAAUCACUAUCGGAUGGAGCGUCUCAUGGCCAUGUUUCUAGUGCUAGUGAGAAAAAUGUUGCUAGUGUAUCUGCGCCUGCACUGUACGAUGAUGAGCCUAUUGCAGAUGAAGAAUGGGUUCAAAAUUAUAUAGAAAGGAAAAUAAAAAGGUUCAUGUGA